AUGUGCCGCCGGUAUAAUACUGAAACAACUUUGCCAAAAAAGUUUUCUGCUGAAAAUAAUAUGGAUCCAGGUGAAAUACCUCAUGAGCUUAAAGUAGAAAGAUGUGAAAAUGAAGUUAUGGAUACUGUGGAUUAUCUAACUUUAAAUGAAAAUCAAAAAAAAAUUUUUAAACAAAUAGAACAACAUUAUAAAAAAAAACAAAAUAGAACUAAACGUAAUCAAUUUUCAGAAGCAAUGUUUAUAUUACCAAAAGGGUCUGAUAUUGAUGCAAUUAAUAUAGAUAAGCUUGGAUCUUUAAACUAUCCUAUUGCCAAAAUUCUUGCUGUACAUACUGGUGAUCAGGAAGCAAAAAAAGCUGAUUCUGAUGUUGCAAAAGGUCUUGAAUCACAACUUUUGCUAGCUAAAGGUGCACAGGUUAUGUUAACAGUAAAUUUAUAG